AGUGGUGCACUUUGUAUGUACACACACGCCCAAACUAACAUGUACCUGGCAAUAUAAUCCACCGUAAUACGGCCCACCCCAGGACAGUACAAACAUUGGAGAAAGAGCAGGAGAUAGAGUGACCAAAUCGACAUAAACCCCUCCCCAGCGCCAUCAUGACGCUGCUGCCAUUCCGCGACAUCAAUGUCCACUCGUCGCCCUCGCACUACGCUUUCUCGUCGCCAUCCACCCCAUCCGCGCCCACGCUGGUCAUAGACCGUCCUGGCGGUGACAUUCGUUUACACGAUGGCAAACUGCUGGGCUCGAAGCGCGUGUCCAGCAUCGCUGGUAUUCUGGGUAUCAUCAAAUUACGCCUAGAUAAAUAUAUCAUCGUCAUCACAAAGGCCCAGCCUAUGGGACGCAUCAAGGGUCACAUGAUAUACAAGAUCAUCUCCACCGAAUUUCUGCCUCUACGCGAACGCCCACUGCACGACCCAGACGAGGACAGCUACCUCAACCUGCUCAAGUCCUUGAUCAAGACCUCGCCGCUGUACUUCUCAUACUCGUUCGAUAUCACAAACAGCUUCCAGCGACAAGCUCACGCCGACCCCUCGGUGCCCCUGUGGAAGCGCGCCGACGAUCGCUUUUUCUGGAACCGCUUCGUUCAGAGCGACCUGAUCGACUUCCGCGGCGGCCUCAAUACACGCUUUAGCCGCCAUGCCUCUGGCCAGCAGCCCGAUGUAGACGGCUAUAUUCUGCCCGUCAUGUACGGCAUGAUGGAGAUCAAGAACACGAGCAUCAAGGGGAACCCUCUGACGUUCAUUCUCAUUACUCGGCGGUCGCGACUCAAGGCCGGCACGCGCUACCUCUCGCGCGGCAUUGACGAAAACGGCAAUGUUUCCAACUUUAACGAGACGGAACAAUCUAUCAUCCUCAACGACCAUGCUUCGGGUGGGCUUGGCGGAUACGGCUCGGCUGAGAAGGGCGCUGCAGGGGCGCCCGCCGGAAAGGAAGCACAGGUGCUUGCUUAUGUGCAGACUCGCGGCAGUGUGCCCGUAUACUGGGCUGAAAUCAACACUUUGAAAUACACGCCUAAGCUACAAGUGCGCGGAGUGGACAGCGCAGUACCGGCUGCGAAAAAGCAUUUUGCUGAGCAAAUACGCUUGUAUGGGGACAACUGGCUCGUCAACCUCGUCAAUCAAAAGGGCAGAGAAAAGCAGGUCAAGGAGGCAUAUGAAGAGAUGGUCGAGCACCUCGUCAAAUCGCCCGCCGAACACGUGCAGUCCGACCAGGUCACCGACGAGAAGUUCCAUGUCAUCGAACCUCAUCAAGCCAAAACAUCCUUUGAUCGUAUACACUAUGUAUACUUCGACUUCCACAACGAGACGAAGGGUCUGCGCUGGGAUCGUGCGAAGCUCCUGCUCGACCAGCUUGAGCCCCAUCUCCUCGAGCACGGCUACUUCCGCGGUGUAGAUAUGCCAGGCGAUAAUGGCCGUGUCGAAGUACGGCGACUCCAAUCAGCAGUGGUCCGCACGAACUGCAUGGAUUGCCUGGACCGCACCAAUGUCGUCCAGAGUAUGCUGGGCCGCUUCAUGCUAUCUCGCAUGCUGAUCGAAACCGGUCUGAUGCGCCAGGGCGAAAGCGCAGAAGACGAUCAAGCCUUCGAAUUCCUAUUCCGCAACGUCUGGGCCGACAAUGCUGACGUAGUCUCCAAGUCGUACUCUGGCACGGGCGCGCUCAAAACUGACUUCACGCGCCUCGGUGUGCGCACCAAGCAAGGCGCCCUACAGGAUCUGAAUAACUCCAUCACCCGUUACUUCCUCAACAACUUUGGCGAUGGCCCGCGCCAGGACGCCUUCGACCUAUUCUUGGGCACCUACCUGCCGUCAGACUCGGGUAUCGGAAGCCAACUUCUAUUCGCCGACCGCCGACCCCUCAUCAUCCAGGCUAUCCCUUACAUCCUCACCGCGAGCAUCUUCCUCAUCCUCGUCAGCCUCUUCACGCGCCGCGCUCCCGACGCCGCUGUAUGGCCACUACGUCUGCUUCUUCUUAUCUCCGUCAUCGUAGCAGGUGCAUCCUUCAAUUUCAUCCGGACAAACGGAACGUUAUACGUCAACUGGCCUAAACUUAAUCGUCCUCCUCACGCCAUCGAAUCCUACCAACACGCUCUCAACAAGGUCUCACACAACCCCGUUGUGGGAUCACUGGUAGGGACCAAACAUGAGCGGGGCAAGAGCGAUGCUAGAUUGUUGGGUUUAGAGGAGGGGAAGAAGAGAUUAGAAUAA